AUGAUAAUGCUUAAUUUCUUCUUUAGGAUGGAUUUUGCUUGUCCAUCAGGAACAACGCGAUACAUAUAUGAAGCUGUUGGUAAAGGUUAUGUGAAAGCAUCGACGAGUCCUAUUACAUGCCGCAACGAAGGACCUGGAUUUCAUUGGACAACAAUGUUGGCGCCACCGUUCGAGGACGCAUUUGUGAAGCAUGUCUCCUGUUUUUCGGAAACCUAG